AUGGCACGGUGCCGCGUGACUCAGAGGGUGGGAGGUCACCGCCUGCCCCGAGCCGCCUCCGGCAACAGGUGCGUGUGCUGGCUCGCCGCCGCGCGGCCCGCGACCGGAUGCCCUCCAGCCGGCGCGGCGCGGCGCUGCAAAAACGCAGUCCAGCGCCGCGCCGCGCCGCGCCGCGACGACUCUAUCUGCCGGCCCCUACCCCAGCCGCCUUAUACGGACAUACUGAAUGUCCGCGGCGCCGCCUGCCUGCGGGUUCAUUCCGCUGCUGCUGCUGCUGCUGCUGCUGCUGCUCCUCCGUGUCCGCGCAACGCACCGCGCUCUAUCUACUGUACGUGCCUUGGCUCCACGCAGCUCCACCAGUCAGCCUCACUAACAACCAGCACAGUAUUAGCAAAGUACCAGACCAGGACCCGCAGACCAGCACUCGCAGACAAGCACAGUACCAGACCGGGACUCACAGACCAGCACAGUAUUAGCACAGUACCAGACCAGGACUCGCAGACCAGCACAGUAACAGACCAGGACUCGCAGACCAGCACAGCAUUAGCAAAGUACCAGAACAAUACUCACAGACCAGCAUGUCAGCAUAGUGUUAGCACAGUACCAGACCGGGACUCGCAGACCAGCACAGUACCAGGCCGGGACUCGCAGAGCAGCACAGUAUUAGCAAAGUACCAGACUGGGACUCGCAGUCAGCAUAGUGUUAGCACAGUACCUGACCAGGACUCGCAGACCAGCACAGUACCAGACUGGGACUCGCAGACCAGCACAGUACCAGGCCGGGACUCGCAGACCAGCACAGUACCAGACUGGGACUCGCAGACCAGCACAGUACCAGGUUGGAACUCGCAGACCAGCACAGUAUUAGCAAAGUACCAGACUGGGUCUCGCAGUCAGCAUAGUGUUAGCACAGUACCAGACCGGGACUCGCAGACCAGAACAGUACCAGACCGGGACUCGCAGACCAGCACAGUACCAGGCCGGGACUCGCAGACCAGCACAGUAUUAGCAAAGUACCAGACUGGGACUCGCAGUCAGCAUAGUGUUAGCACAGUACCAGACCAGGACUCGCAGACCAGCACAGUACCAGACUGGGACUCGCAGACCAGCACAGUACCAGGCCGGGACUCACAGACCAGCACAGUAUUAGCAAAGUACCAGACUGGGACUCGCAGUCAGCAUAGUGUUAGCACAGUACCAGACCAGGACUCGCAGACCAGCACAGUACCAGACUGGGACUCGCAGACCAGCACAGUACCAGGCCGGGACUCGCAGACCAGCACAGUAUUAGCAAAGUACCAGACUGGGACUCGCAGUCAGCAUAGUGUUAGCACAGUACCAGACCGGGACUCGCAGACCAGCACAGUACCAGACCGGGACUCGCAGACCAGCACAGUACCAGGCCGGGACUCGCAGACCAGCACAGUAUUAGCAAAGUACCAGACUGGGACUCGCAGUCAGCAUAGUGUUAGCACAGUACCAGACCGGGACUCGCAGACCAGCACAGUACCAGGCAGGGACUCGCAGACCAGCACAGUAUUAGGACAGUACCAGACUGGGACUCGCAGACCAGCACAGUACCAGCGCAGCGUCCGCUGGUCCGGCGCUGGCGCUCUCGCUGACUCACUGGCCGCGGGCCGCGGCGACGUCACACGCGCCGCUGCGACGUGGGCGUCGCUAACGCUGCGAGCUGACUCACGGCCGCCGGCAGCUCACUCCGGCCGCGCUGAUUGGGGAGGACCGCCGCUGCCGCUGCCGCUGGCGAGGACGCAGGACGCCGUGCGGUGUUCUGAGGUGUGUCAGCUUCGCGGGGAGCCUGAGCUGUUACCGCCGACUUCGGGACGCCGUCUGGCGCGUCAUCGUGUGACACGUCACUGCCGAGUCUCUAUAGACGAGUGCUCGGAGCAGUAA